ACGGUCCGUGAACAAAACAUAACCUAUUCGAUUCAAAUUCGAAAAACAGUCGAAAAUAUAAUCUGAGAAAAAUACAAAGGAGAAUAAUAAUUAAUCAUUCGACAAUAUGAAUACAACCAGAAUGACGAACGCAAACGCUUCAAAUCCAAAAAUGGAUCGUGAUCUUCAAGAUAAACUAUACAUGAAUAUUGCUCUUCUGAACAUGAUACACGAACCAUCUGCCGAUUUUAGGACCGUCUUCAAGAGAGAUAUGUUUGCCAAAAGUAACAAGUCGGCUUUCUUCCAUGUUGUUCAUUAUUUGCUAACUGUCCUUAAUCCGGAAAUGGCUAAAGAGAAACUGGUUACAUGGCCAACAUGUAACGUGAUAAAUAGGGAGAAUAAAUUCAGAAAGGAAGUUCUCAACUAUUUGAAUGAACUGAAUAAAUUAUAUGAAGAAGCCGAUUUACCUACUAUGAUGUCUUCUCAUCUUCUAGCCCCCGGAGGCUAUAGGUUCAUACAUUUCAUGUAUAAGCUAUCCCAACUGGUACUGUUUGAGGAUUUGAAAAGAGAUUAUCCAUUCGAACUAUUAUGCAGACCUAAACAGAGCAGCAAUGAGGAGAUUAACGAAAAAGCCUAUCAAAACAUAAUGACCUAUACUAAUGAGAUAAAUACUGAAACUAAUAACGCUAUCAAUAAGUUCAACAGGAUGUUUGAGAUAUUCAAAAAAGAGGCUGAAAAAACUGUGAAAGAGAAACAUGAAGUCUAUCAACAAUUGAAGGAAAUCGAUACUAAAAUCGAAAUAGAAGAGAGAAAACUGGGAGAAAAUAAAUUAACCAAGGAAGAAAUAAGUAAAAAACUCCAAGACCUUCAGAAUAAGUUUGAGACUGUCGAAAAAAUAAAUAAUAUCUACUCUCAGUGUAACCUUCUCGUCAGUCAUUUGAAGGAGAAUAGUAAUGAAGGUGAAACGUUAGAUUUGGCAGAAGCUCUGAAAGUUACGAAUAUCAAUUUGAGAAGGCAAUUGUCCGAGUUGCCAGAUUAUGAAAUAACGGAAUUGGAAUCUUAUCUUCAAAUCCUCGAAAAGAGAAAAGAGGAGCUAGGACAAGUAGAAAAGCAUUUAAGAACCAAACAUGAAGCAUUUGUUGAAGCUAUGAGUAAAUCAGAGAAUUUAUUGAAAGAUAUUAUUGAAGAUGUAAAAGAAGAUUGAAUUUGGUUGACUGAGUCGUUGUAAAUACAUAUAUGUUAAGUGUUUUUUGUUGAAAAAUUGAAUAUUUAAGAUAUACAACCCAAAAAUUUCCUAUAGAGUGAAGAAUUAUUUAUUAUAGCUGGGAAAUGUGUUCUAUAAUAACAAAUUGUAAUUUUUUCUGAUGAAUGUUGCUUUUACAAUAAAAAAUGCUACAUGAGUUGAAAAA